GUUCUCUGAUCACAAGCGUUUGAUUGAUUUUCAUUAACGCCACUCUCCGCCACGCCAUCACAAUAGCAAGAUGUUGCCACCUCAUAAAGUAAAGGUUGUUCUCUGUCUAAUAGCUCUUGCUUGUAUGGUAUUAGUAUCAAUCUUCACAUCAUUGACAACACCAUCUAUUCAACAUAUGAUUAAAAGCAGAUAUGACACGCUUUCAAUGAUACAUCAUCCAGUGUUUUUGAAAGGGAUGGCGUCAUCUACAGCUCACUCGCCCGUAAUUCAUCCUACGAGAUCGAACUCGACUAUGAUGCUGACAUCGAACGAUGACAUUAACGCAUCUGAAUUUAUGAACAUCCAGGUCGACAUUCAAAGGCGCCGUAGAAAGCAUUUAGCAGAUGUAUGCUCUGCGAAUGGUAUCCACCAGGUAGCGGGCUCCCAAGACAGUAAUUUCAUCGUCGAUAAGAAAUACAAGCUCGUCUAUUGCUAUGUUCCCAAGGUGGCUUGUACUAGCUGGAAGCGAGUCUUUCUUGUUUUAAAUGGUGUCAUGAAACGUCCUGAUGAUCUGCCACAACCUCAGGUCAAUAAUGUUAUCGGACCUCGUAAACUCUCAUUUCUUUCGUCUUACAACAAGAGCAAGAGAGCUGAAAUCCUAAAGAGCUACACCAAAUUUUUGGUGGUUCGCCACCCGUUUCAUCGUAUAUUAUCUGCCUAUCAGAAUAAAUUAUGGGCAGGCUCCACAUCGAAAACAUCAAUAAUAUUUCAGAAAAAAAUUGGUUUGCAUAUCUUGGAAGGAUACAGAACAAGUACUUUAUUAAAUAACAAGACUGGGAGUGUAGAGCAAAAAACGAUCGUCAAUAAACACGGAGAUAAAAUCAAAUAUGACCUCCGAUUUGAUGAAUUUGUGAAAUUUUUAACGACAAAGACAGAGAAACCAUCACUUCUCAAGAAUAGUCAUUGGGGUGAGAUCACGCAUAGAUGCAAACCUUGUGACAUCGACUACGACGUUAUCAGCCAUUUCGAGACCCUGGUUGACGACGCUAUUUACAUUCUUCGUCGUGUUCAUGCUGACCAUAUCGUCAAGUUUCCAUCUUCGAAUGGGAGUAGUCCGACCAACAGCUCAUCAAAGUAUCUUUACCAGUCUUACUACGCUGAUAUUCCUCAGGAUGAUUUACAGAAACUUUAUCAAAGAUAUCGUCUCGAUUUUGAAUUAUUUGGAUAUGAAAAACCUGAUAGUGUUUUAUGAGGAUAACUUUAAAACAUUUUGGAACACAGAAUAAAGGAUGUACCAGGCGUGUUUACCCGAAGAUUCAUAUUUGGUGUGGCUUUAACCGGUCUGUAAUAAGUAAACUAUAUAUAUGUAUAUAUCAGGCAUAUAUGUUUCUUGUUGUUUCGUCUGGCAAUGCUCUGACAAGUUUUCAGCUUGUCAAAAACCAGAGUAUCAAUAAAACAUGACCAUAAACAUCAUAAAUACUUGGUCAACAUGUCUGUUGAACUAGAUAUCAACGAAUAUCGUGUAUUGAACGGGUCUUUUAGUUAUUUUCACCCAAAUUCUCUUAGGCAAUUAUAGUGCUGGUACUCGGAGGUCUGUCGUUUGAUCUCACAGUUUGCUAUUCGUAGACUCUUAGUCAGAGACAAUAUAUGUAUAGCUAGUAAAACCGUGCCAAAUAAAUUCUCUACUCGUGAGUUUAAACUUUCAAGUUCGCUUUUCUUUCCCUUUUUUAUUUUUUUCUCUUCUUUUUGCAACUUUUGGAAAAGCAUAAGAGGCGGUUGCCCCCUUGCCGCCACACACGAAGAAAAAAAAUCACACUAUAUAGACAUUACAAAGAGUACCGUCGUCCCGCUGACAAAUAUUGACCAUUUGCAUGGAUUUAGUGGACAUUCCAAUCAUUCAAAUCACCCUCAGUUUUGGCCAAAAGUACUUGCCAUUUUUUAGUUAUGAUCGCUUAACCUGUAUAUACAGGGGGGGUUGGUGUUUUUUUUUAAUAUAUAGGGCCUACUAUGUAAUCGUGGAACAUCAUUGAUAAGUAUAGUAUUUGUGAAGUAGAACUCACAUAUACUUACAGAAAUCUUUUGAAAAUCCCAAGGAUAGGCAACUUAUUUUCCUGUUUUGUAACUCAUCAUUUCACCCUCUUGUAUGAUCUUGAUUAAAAAUGUCAUCAAAACAAUUGUAAAUUAUUGAUGGUAUCAAGUUCAAGUUUACAUGUACUUAAAGAGAUGAUUUAUUUUAGUUUGUCUUUUGUUUUGCCGGUUCUUGCAUGCCCUUGAUAUAGUAUUAUAAAGUUAUCUUUCAUUGAUUACAUGACAAUAAAUGACGAAACAUUGCGAGAGGACAAAGAUAGGAGAAAGUGCAGUAAAGGAACCUAUGAAAAGGAAUAGGAAAAACUUGGGUCUUUUUAGGAAAUUGGGAAGGAGGAGGAAGAAAUAAAGAGACAUAAAAGGAAAUGACGAUAAAGAAAAAUCAUUAGAAGAAAAACAAGACGGACUUCAGGGAAAAUAUAUGUAUUGAGAUUCAAGUAGCUCAAAAUAAUUAUGAAACUGUGAGGCCUACGUACAGAAAACAACAUAAAAAGAAGUGAUUUAAUGAUUAAGUUCAUGUCUAUAUCAUUUCGAGGACCGGCCCCCCUAUUUUUUUUGGCAACCAAAAAGAAUCCUUUUAACUUGAGAGAAACGCUGAAAAACAGAAAGAAAAGUACGAAGGAGGUAUAAUACCCAUGUUUAAUUUACAGCCUCGUUAAUUAUUCCUCGAAAUAGGCGGAUAAUCCAUGUUUUUUGCAUUUACAUUAGAAACGUUUAGAUUUCCGUGGAUUUCCGUUUAAAUUCUAUCAUCAUCAUUUUGCCAGAUGUCUAAGCUUUAAGUCGAUACCAAAUUUAGCUGCCCGUUUUUAUGUUAGAGCCGAUUUUACUUGACACAACACCCUCAAAACCUGUUCAAAAACGGUCAUUUUUAUACCGCGCAGUCAUCGCAGCGCACAGUGUGGGGUGUACAUUGUCGUUCAUGUUUGCAUGGCGAGGACGAUUCCCCUUCCAUUCCAUGAAAAUGACAUGAAUUCCGGGCAUGAUGCAAACAAAAUAAAGGUUGGUAACGCAAAUAAGGGCUACCCGCCCCUCUUCCAGAGAUAAAAGUUACUUGUAGAAUAAUUUCAGCCAAAAACCCUCCUCACAGUAAAACAUUCGUGGAGUUAUAUACUCUGCGUUAUACCCAAGUCUACACCGCUUGAUAAAGCACGGUUAUUUUUUUCAGAUUUUUAAAUAUUUUUUUAAAUCUUAUAAUCAUUUUGAUGUCAUAAAAUUAUUUUCAGGAUCUCAUACACACUUUUUAGGCAUGUGAGAAGCAUAAAUCAACAUUCACUCUGGUCAUUCUUAAAGUAACACAUAACACAAAGUUUAUACUGCACAUUGUUUAGCGUAAUUUGUCUUUUCACAGAUAGGUUUUAAGUAGCCAAUCAAAAUUUGGUAUCAAAGUGACGUCAUAUCGGCUUUACAUUAUGUUCAGUCGAUUCUACGCCCAAAAUUACCCUUAAUCAACAUGUUAAAGUAAAAAUAUAACCCGGAAUAUAAUUUUGGCGCACUUUCAACUAAUUCUGGCCCACUGUGGGCCGGCCCGAUCUUGACAGGCUUGCAGUGGCACCGCAUUCUGUAAUAGUCCAGGAUAGAAGAGGCAUAACCUUGUUAAUAACAAUGUUCCCAUAUACAUAAUAAAUGAUAUAUCUCGUUAGUAAUGGUGAUCUGUAUACAGUACUUCGCUCAUAGAUCAUAAUUUCUUGCAGUUUAGUGCUAAUUUGUGUGAAAAUUAGUUUUCCCUAUUAAGGUUAUGCUGUACAUAAUAGAGUAUACAGAGGCCUAUGUCGGCCAUUUUGAAUAUCCAGAAAAUAAAUAUGUUGUCAAUUUUUUUUUUCCAGACAGUAUUUCACUCCUGCCACACAAUUUCAUGCAUUUUAUAGCCAAUGUGUGGGCAAUUUUGUGAUUUUCAUGCGUAAUUUGCAUAUUUUGGCGGCCAUAUUGGAUUUUGCCAAUUUGCAGAAAAUGCUCAAGGUUACACGAGUGGCAUCAUUCAGAUUCGUAAUUAGCACCUUCGAAUUGACAAGAAACCAUCGAAAAAUAUUGUAUAUAUAAAAAAACAAGGUUUAGUCAAUUUCCUAUGGGGCCUAUCCUGGACUAUUAGUUCACAUGUAUGUGUAAGUAAACCACGCUACCGCAACUGCGCGCAUCAAGACAUUCUCCUGCACUCCAUCAACGGCCGAUUAGCUCUGCAUAGGAGGAUUACCAUAUUAUGUGCACAAGUAGGCUGUAAAACAAUAUGUAAAAAUGCUUAAAAUUUCCGGUUUUCAGGCCGAUUUCGAGCUCUCAUUAGUAUGAUAUUGAUAAAUAAGGUAACAGUUUCAUGAGUUCCUAAUAAUGAAAUUGUCCCUUUUUUCAGAAUAGAAUAUCGGUAUCGACAAGUUUCAUCUCGCGCUUAGGAAGAGGAAUAGGAAAAAAGUCAUUUUCAUAUGAUGACAAAAUGUCCUUACAAUUUCCCCGGGUGCUUAGUCUAAACAAUAAUU